UUAGCUAUCCCUAUCAUCUCAAUUCUCACAAACAAUCUCAAAUCAGCACCAAUAAAUGGCUUCUCCAACAUCUUCCCAUUUGCUCUUUAUGAUCUUGCUAGUAACAUUAUGUUCUCACGUAGCUCAAGCGGUAGUUCCCGCCUCCGCCCAGUUCAAGUACGUGAACUCGGGAGACUUCGGUGACUAUAUUGUCGAGUAUGGUGGAAACUACCGGGUCCUUAACCCUUUCAAUGCCCCAUUCCAGCUCUGCUUCUACAACACUACGCCGAACGCCUACACACUCGCCCUGCGGAUGGGCCUGACUAGGUCCGAGUCGCUGUUCCGGUGGGUGUGGGAGGCCAACCGAGGAAACCCAGUGGGCGAGAAUGCAACCCUGACGCUCGGGGCUGAUGGGAACCUUGUCCUGGCAGAUGCAGACGGCAGGGUCGCAUGGCAAACCAACACGACCAAUAAGGGAGUCGUGGGGUUCCAGCUGCUCUCAAACGGGAACAUGGUCCUGUACGACUCGAAGGGCAACUUCGUGUGGCAGAGCUUCAACUAUCCGACCCACACCCUCCUGGUGGGCCAGUACCUACAGACCGGGGUUGUCACCAAGCUGGUCAGCCGGGCCUCGGCUCAGGACAACUCCAAUGGGCCAUACACCUUCGUGAUGGAAUCCAAAGGGUUGGCCCUGUAUUACGCCAGCAAAAACUCGCCGAAGCCGCUUCUCUACUUCAACGGGUGGGCCAACUCAGCACUGCCGAGCUCUCUGGCGAAGGUGACCUUCACCACCGAGUCCGUCAACGACGGCUACGCUUACGACGUCUCCUUGAAUAGUUACGUGGGUAACGAGUCAUACGGGUCCACCAUCUUGGGCCGGCCCAAGUACAACGCCACCCUGAGCUUCCUACGGCUCGGGAUCGACGGUAACCUGAAGGUCUAUACCUACAACGACAAGGUGGACUGGGGUGCCUGGGAGAUGACCUUCGCGCUCUUUGACAGGGACUCCAUCUGGGAAACCGAGUGCCAGCUGCCAGAGCGGUGCGGUAACUUCGGGCUCUGCGACGAUAACCAGUGCGUGGCCUGCCCGCUCGCGAGUGGGCUCAUGGGGUGGAGCAGGGCGUGCGCCCCUGCAAUGGUGACGGGCUGCAAGCCUGGCGAUUUUGGGUACUACAAGGUCGAAGGGGUCGAUCACUUCUUGAGCAAGUACACGACGGGAAGCGCGGCAAAGGAGAGCGACUGCGGGGCCAAGUGCUCCAAGGACUGCAAGUGCAUGGGAUACUUCUACAACCAGGACACCUCUAGGUGUUGGCUGGCUUAUGAGCUCAAGACACUCACCAAGGUUGCCAAUUCGACCCACGUUGGCUACAUUAAAUUCCCCAAGAAGUAGCAUAGCCCUAUAUAGAAGAUAGAGCUGAGCUGAGCUGAGCUGGUUCAUUUCUUCUAUUGGGUUGGGCCUCCGCCUCCCCAUUUGUAAGGAAACUAAUAAACCGGAAGUGGAACAAUUUCGUUCCUCAUCAGUGUAUUUUAAUCUCGCGUGAAAUCCUUGAUCCGUGUUGUAUCUUAUUAAUAAAAUAGCAAUAUAUGUUUGGUUCGAUUUGGACUAA